AUGGCGCGUUACGAUCCGUUUUCACCUACUUUCGACCAUCCUCUACUUAAUUCCAGCCCAGAUUACAGUUCGCGAAAUGGUUCCUUGAGGUCGAGUCGUCCCAUCGGCGACAUGAGCGCUGUCACAAACCAGAUGUCCUUUCGCGAACGCAAUAAACGCCUCAGGAGCCUUGAAGAGGAGAAGAAUCAGUUGAUCGAGGAACUGUUGUACCAGCUCGACAGCACCCAGAAUCAGCUUGAUCAACUACAGUUCGAGAACAGCAGAGAAGCCCGAUAUAACAGAGAGGGUCAUCAGCGAGAAGCCGCUCUACACGAGCAAAUGGUUCAGGUCAAGGCAAUCAUGGACCGAAAUCCCUUCAUCACGAUCCUCCUCGAUGGCGAUAGUAUGAUUUUCGCAAAAGAGUUAUUGUCCAAAGGUGAAAAGGGUGGUAAAGAGGCGGCAAAUUUGAUUUUCGAUGCUGCGACGGCCUUUGCUGCAGAGCAUCUCCACCAUCUCGACUCUCCCAAGAUCCUCACCCGAAUUUAUGCCAACAUUAAAACAUUGUCCGACACCUUGACCAAACUCAAAAUCAUCGACCGUCCGUCGUUGUUUGACGACUUCGUACGUGGCCUGAACAGCACUCAACUGUCCUUUGAUUUUGUCGAUGCCGGAACCCGACCCGAUAGCACGAAAGAGAAGAUCUUUGAUCAGUUCCGGACCAACCUCUAUGAUUGCCAUUGUCACCAAGUCAUUCUUGGAUGUUCUAGUGACGGCCGUUAUGCAAAACUGCUUGAGGACACGAUAAAAGAUACCACGAUACUGAAUCACAUCACUUUGCUUGAAGGUGUACCAUUUGAGAAGGAAAUUGCCACCUUGAAGGACAAUUUCAAGACGGCAAAAUUUGACAAUGUGUUCUGCGUGACGAAGCUGGUAGCCCCAUCUGGUACGUCCAAGGGGCCACUACAAGCAGUCACCGCCACCUUGCCCGCGCUGUCGCGUGUCGAGUCAAAUGGCACGAAUGGGUCGGUCUCAGGUUCAAGUACGCCUGCCCUGACCUGGGCCACGUUGACCGCGCAACCCUCAGGGUCGACCUCGAAAGCGCCCAGCACCACCCGGACGUCGACACCAACUUCAAUGAAGAGCCCCGAGGCUGUUGUUGCGAAGCCGGUGAGCAAGACGAUCGAGAGAAACCGCCAUGGGCAACGCAUCGACAAAAUCGACUCCAGCAUCCCGAAUCACGAAAUCCAACGCAUCAAGAAACUCAAACUCUGCAAUAUUUUCUACCUCCAGGGCGCAUCAUAUUGCACGAGUAACAAUUGUUCUCAUUCGCACACUUACCCUCUUUCAAAGGGCGAACGUAAUGUGUUGAGAGAGGUGGCCCGCAUGACUCCUUGUUACUACAAGCUGGAUUGUACUGACCCCGAGUGCAUCUACGGGCACCGAUGUCCGCAGAAUAAGCCAGACGAGCCAGACUGCUGGUAUGGUGAGGAUUGUCGGUUUUUCGGAUGGGGGCAUGGGAUCGAUACCAGGGUGGUUAAGACGACCAAAGUUUGA